AUGAAGCCGCUGACUUGGUCCUAUUUUUUGGCCCUAAUUCCGGUCGCCAUUAGUGCGUGUAAAAAUGCUGACUAUACGCAACUCGUGUCGGGGAAAUGUUAUAAGCUCUACCCGGACUUCACAAAAUUCGAUGAGGCUCAACAGCGUUGUGUCGCGGAGGGGACACGAUUGGCCGAGAUCUUGGGAUACGAGGAGAACCAAGCCCUUGGCACGUGGUUGAAAGGGCAGCAAGCCGAGGACGCCUGGAUUGGGUUGAAAUCUGAUGUUAACAAAGUCUUGGAAUGGACCGACGGAUUUCGCGCGAAUUACACGAAUAUUGGAGACCCCAACUCCGUCCAGGCUGGUCAAUGCUUUGUGAUUGACGGCGACGGGAAGUACUACUGGGAGGGCACCCACUGCGACAAGUACAGCACGCUGCCGUUGUGUGAGGAGAUGGCGCAGGAAGAGCUCACCUGCGGGGACUACGAUGAAACCGAGGGACACUGCUAUAAGGUCCACAAUGAGCGCCUCAAAUUUUGGGACGCAGAAGACGUCUGCCAGCGCGAAGGAGGCCACCUGCCCUCAAUCCACAAUCUCAUGGAAAACUACAUGAUCUUCAACGAGCUUCAACUUGGGGGUCAGCAGCAGACGCUGGCCUGGGUGGGGUUGAAUCUGAAUUUUUCGAUGCGAUGGACCGAUGGGACGGCAUUUGACUACAACAAUAUUGCGAACAUCAACAUAACCCAAGAUGAGCGCUGCUACGCGAUGUCGUUGGUCUCCUUCCUCGCUCAAAAGCAAUGGGUGGCUGAGGAGUGCGGCACGAGCUUCAGCUUUGUUUGCCAGCGCCCGAAAAGCGUGAAUCCUGUCACGAGUGCUCCGCCAACUCUUCCGCCAUCCCAGUGCAACCCGAACGAAUUCCAUGGCGCCGCCGGGGCGAUCUUCUCUCCAAACUACCCGAACCAUUUCGACGGAGCCGACUGCUAUCUGCAGAUCUACGGCUCGUCGGCUGCCGUCAACCUGGACGUCCCCAAGAUUUCGGCUACUAAUGACUGGUCGAUUUCGCUGUACGCCGGGGAGAAGGCCGACGAGAGCCGGCUGAUUCAUAGAAUUUUCGACCAAAUCGAGGCGCUACAGUACUCCUCGCCGGUGUCGACGAUGCUGAUCCAUUUUCAGUCGCAGAGCCCGAACUUUGGAUCGCACUUCCGGAUGGACUGGACAUCCACGCAAACCCCACUGUACUCACUCGGAAAUCUCAGCUGGACCGGCUCCACCUAUCCGCCAAAUAACCACAAGUGCGAGCAGCACUGGAUCUACGAUGAUGUGAGGGAUAUAUGUAUUGGAAUUACGAACGGGGCGAAAUACGACUACUCCCAGGCGGUGUGCACCCAGAAUGGAGCCAAUUUGCUGUCCGUGCAUAGUCAAGCGGAGGAGGAGAAUAUUUUGGGAAUCCUGAACAACGACUACUACCCGAACGGCUACCAGUUGUGGCUGGGCGCGCAGUAUUCAGGCGGCGCGUGGCGCUGGGCGGACGGGACGAAUUUGGUUUUUACCGAUUUUAUUGAUGGGGAUUCGAGCAACCGCUAUGGUAAUUGCCUGACCGUCCAGUACAACUACGCGACAGGGAAACGCGGCUGGAAGGGCGUGGACUGUACGAUGGUGGUGCCAGGAAUUUGCUAUAAACGGCCAAAU